AUGGCGGACAAAACCCAGUCGAAGAUCAUCCAGGCGAUCGUCAAAGAAACUUCUCUCGACAAAUCUUUUCACGGUCUUCGCAUCUCGUUCAAGCUGCUGUGUGAUAAGAAAGGUUUGUCCUGCACAUCAGAUGUGCUGGGUCAACUCAGCCAAGAUGAUCUCCGCACUCUCGCGGUGCCCUUCCUAUCCUCUGUCCACGCUCACCCAGUGCCAGGUCUUCUUCCUUCGACACAGACGACGACGACGACGGGCCGUAGCUGCCUCCGACGUGAUCUCCUUUACCUCAUUUACGCAGCUUCCUUGAAUGACUUCAACUUCCAAAAUGUCAUACCUCUCUUGAUCACAGCCCUUAACCGUAAGUCAGAUAACUCUCUUUUCUGGGAUCAAGUCUACCAUGCCGUCACCCAGCUGGACCAAGCUUGUUGGCCGGAUUUGAAUGUCGCAUUAAUCGAAGACCUUUCGUGGCUGCGCAAUAGAACCAUAUCCUCGACCUGUCCAAAACCCCGCCAAGAUACGGAUGGUAUUCUCAAGCAAGUCAUCGGUGCCUUCCAGAACGGACCUCUGCAUCUCAGCGGAACAUUCUUUCAAGCCUUAGGAGCCCUUGUGUCGGUAUUCCGAAGCGUUUUCACGAGGUGGCCAGACGGCAGCGAUCUACCUCAAGAAUGUAUACGUUACACAAUACAGGAGGGCUGGGCAUCUGACAAGAUGGGCGAGUAUCGGUUCCGGCGCGAAGUCAACAACGAGAAGAGGGUUGUCUAUGUUGAAAUACAUAAUCUCACCUUCUUUCCGAAGCCGGAAAUGGCCUGGAGCCAUACGAUAACUAUUAAGCACUUAUCGCAACUCAGUGGAUGGUACGAUAAGUGGGACACAUUGACGGUUUUGAGGCUUGGAGAUGAGAUCUUUUGCCUUCAAAACUAUUUCACGCCCCAUGCGAUACCAUCGGAGCAAGUGGUGGGAGACUAUCCAUUCUUUGACAUUCUCGAUCUUCAAUUCUGGGACACCGCGCGGCACUCUUGCGCCGAAUUGGUCCAUAACGGAUCGGAAUUGUGCCAUCUGCACAGAAGCGAUUUUCGUAAUGGCAUAGACGCGAUUUCAAAAGAGUUGAAAGCCUAUCACAUCCUGGCAAAGAGAAAACCAACGCUGGCAUCUGCAAUCCUGGGGUAUGUCUAUGAGGGACCCGCUGGUCGUGUCGUCGGAUUUCUUUCCGAAAUACUGCAUGGCCGGUAUCCCGACAUCAACGAUCUCGAGGAGUGUGAGAAAGCACUCCGACAACUCCACAGCUGUGGUGUCGCUCACGGCGCCAUCGAAGGAAAGGACAUCGUGAUCACUGCCGAGGGCCCGAGAUUUAUCUGUUUUUGCUGUUCGAGGACCGUCGAUUUUGGCGAGUCACCCCUGCCAUCACGUCGCUACCUCGAACGUUGGGACGCCACAAGAAGGUGGGACUUCCGUUGCCUGAAGGCAGCCUUGCUUGGUGACACUAGCAUUGGCCGGCCUUGCUUGGGCCCGCCUCCGGGCUAG